GAAACAGCUCAGCUCACCAUCGAUCACAACACAGCCAUAAACUAGGCAGACAUUUAGAUUUAGUUGACAAUUGCAAAAAAUACUAAAAACGGGCAUCAUGAUCGAAUUUAAAAACUCCAUGUCUGCGAAAUCCGGCGGGUUUCGGUGUAAAAUGAAAGGGGCAGAAGAAGGAUUCACCUUUUGUGGAACUUGCACAUCUUGCCGUUUCACUACUAAACUCACGGACUCGACAAGGUGGUUGAGCCGCGCGGGGGAAUCGACCAAGAGGACAUUUCUCAUCGGACUACUAGUGCGCUGCAAAAGCGUGCCGGUUCUCGAAAGCAUUAGGGAUGUGCUGCAGGUCACCUUCGGGAAAGACUUUACUUACAGCAGGUCAAAGAGGCCAAGCUUGGCAGAUGAUGUGAUGACUCUCAGCUCGAACCGAGCGCUGGAUAGAAAACUGUUCAGCGCAGACGUGGUGGAAACAUUGAAUUGGUUUAGUUGCAGCCAGGACUGGAUUAAGUCAAGUUAUCUGUUAUCGGUGCUGUCGCUUUGUGACACUGGGCUGCUGCACAUGCUCGCAAACCUCAACGACGUGCUUCUGGCAAGGGAGCAACGCGCAUGUCUGCUCCGAAAUGCCACAGAGGUGGACUCCAUCCCAGAUUGUGCUUCCUCCUUUUGCUCUGAAGAUCGUCCACACCUGGAUCUUCUCAGGCAAGCCGGCUCAAUGUUUGAGCCGGUGUCACUUGGUGAGGACAAGAAUGAUGCGAAGAGACCCACUUGUCUAAUCUCCACAUCAUUUGAGCCAACCAUAAGAGAACCAGCCAGGAGGAAGAGAGCCUGGGUCAGGAAGGGGACCCCAUGGGAGGACCCAGGUUCGGACAGUGAGGACCCGGCCUUGAUGGUGACCCCCCGCUCCUCAGCCUCCCUGUCUGGGGUGGGCCGGUACCGGGACUUCCUGCGCUGCCUCCCGGUCCACCUGGCCAAGAGGAUCCUAGGUCUUACAGAUAAGCUCACUUUGAGAUGCUGCAGAGAUGUGUCCCAACACUGGCGGUACCUUGCAGAUGACCUUGUUUUAGAUCAGAACGCCAAGAAAGUAGUGAGAAACCAAGUUCUGAUCAUCCAGAGUAACCGUAAUAAGAAGGUGCUCAGCGAUGUCUACGCCAAUGUUCUGGAGAUCCUCGUACCCAUUGGAACAGACGAAGACGAGGACGUUCCCUCUGAAGUUCAUGAGGGGGAGCUGUUCAGAGGAGCUUACUCAGGCCUGAGAACGAAGGCGGUGCAGAUGGAGGAGCGCAAUGUUUACUGCGGCUUGUUCAGUGUCACCACGCUGCUGGAGAAGGAGGAUCCUCACCGCUUCGUACAUUACGGAGGGGGCUCUCUGGUGGCCAUGGGCUCUAAGGACCGAGUGGUGCGUCUACUGAGUGUAGCGUCCAGGAAGGAAGUGGCCCCCGCGCUCAGGGGCCACGUGGGCAGUGUGCGCACGGUGCUUCUGUGUGAGGACAGAGACCUGGUCAUAAGCGCCGGCUAUGACCUCACCAUCAGGUGUUGGAGUAUGAAGACAAGUUUGUGUUGGAUGCUGUUGAGUGGUCACACUGGAACCGUCACCUGUCUGGACGUCCACAGUGACCACCUCGUCUCCGGGGCCAAAGACUGCAGGGUCAAAGUGUGGGACCUGCAGAAGGGGAAGUGUUUGGAGACGUUGAGGUGGAAACACACCAGCCCUGUGCAGUGUGUGAGGGUCUUCUUGUCGCUGGUCUACAGCAGCUGUGCCAAGGGCCUCGUCAAGAUAUGGGACAUCGAGAAGGCGUCGGUGCUAAGGGUGCUGGAUGCCCACACAAGCGCUGUGAAGUGCUUGUUCUUCGACCGUUGGCACCUUCUGUCAGGUGACGCUGAUGGGAAGGUCAUGGCAUGGAGCACCCACCGGGAUGCCACUAAAUGUCUCAUGACGUUCACCCACCCGAUGGAGGUCCGGUCUCUGGCCCUGGCCUACCUGCGCGUGGUGACGGGCUGCGAGGACGGGAAGAUGCGGGUGUUCAGCCUCCUCAACGGGGACUGCCUCAGGGUCAUCAAGGCCGGGAGCAAACUCAACCCCAUUCUCUCUGUUCAUUUCCAUGGCAACAAUGUGUUGGUGAACACCACGUCCAGCCUGAUGCUCUUCCAGUUUGUCAAAGUGGGCUGGGAGUACCAGUCAGCGGGCCUCAGCUCUCCGUCCUCCGAAGCCCUGGCCCUCUCCGGGGCCCGGGUCGCCCUACUACCGGGCUCCGCACCCAGCAGGAUCCCUCACGACUUUGUCCGGGCGGAGCGCAUGGCGCUGGUGGGCUCGCCCUGCCGGGGGAUCUACGGCCCGGACGGCGAGCGGUCGGAGAGGGCGGCGCUGUCCCAUCAUGCUCGCUGUCUGUCCACCGGCAGGAUGAGGCGAGCGCGAGAGUCCCAGCAGGAGUCCCUGCGCCCGUGCAGCUGGAGCGACCUGCGCAGCCACAGGCGCAGCCGGGCCUACCAGGACCUGCAGCCCGAGUUCAGGACCCCGCCCCCCUCGGCCAUCUCCCCUGGGAGGCCCGCCAGCGGCCGGGGGGCGGAGAGCGCCUGGACACAGAGACACACUUCAAAAGGCAGAGAGUUUGGUACGCCCGCUAAGACUGACGGGGCGGUCAACGCCAGCGAGAGGGCCGCUUCGGACCGCUCGAAGAAGAGGGGUCCUUCCCAUCGGCUGACCACAGACCGCAUCCUCCUGAAGGUCAACGCCAUCCAGCAGGCCCACGGCGGUGGUGGAGAGGCCGCCCUCCACACGGGGCCCAACGCCAGGCCCCGGAACGCCUGGGGCUCCCCUCCUCCUCCUCCUCCUCCACCUCCACCUCCACCUCCUCCACCUCCUCCUCCACGGUCCCUUACUUCCCCUGGAUCCCCACAGGGAGCCAAGACCCCAGCCUUCAGACCGCCGCCGGUUCUCGGACAGCAGAACCCCCGGUUCGGGGGGAGAGCUCAGAACUCACCGAUGGCCAGUGGAGACAAGGAUCGGGAGGACAGGGCGAAGGCGUCGAGGACCAGGGCUCACUUUGACGCGGGCGCACAUCGUUGCCAUGCCGACAGUUCACCCGCCGGUCCACACCAGGCGGGGCGACACCUGGGGGAGAGGGAGCGGCCCCACACGGCGGUGGCGGAGAAGAGAGCGACCCGGCUGGCGACACGCCCCCACAGCGAGCCCCACCCUCAGGAGCGCACCUUCUCUAAAGCGGCGCAGAAAGAUCCGGAACGCCACGUGAACUUUCAGACCAGCGGCACGCCGGUGAAACCAAACCCGGCCAUGGACCCCUUCAGGGAGCGCGGAGGGUUCAGGUUGCUUACCGACGCCCAGUUGAAGAAUUACAUAAGUCUGACCCGGUCUCUGAAUGGUGGAAUGGGAGACUCAGCUGCUGGGUCGCCCGUCUCUGCCGGCAGUACAGAAGCCACGAAGAAGAGCAGCAAGCAGAACGUGGCCCUCAGCCGGUCCCCUGUGAAAAAGGCUUGGAUGACUGAAGUCCGAGAGGCCCCCAGAUCGAGCUUCACAGAGCGGGGCCGAUGGAAACACUAAAGCCAAGGAGUAAUUAUAUGAAUGUCCACAUUUGCAAACUUUGAUACAGUUGGUAUCAGCAGAAAGUGAAAUUAUUUUAUAUUUUUGUAUUAGUGUGCAACCUUUUUCUUAAAUUAUGUUGUCCACUAGGGGUCAGCAUUGUAUUGAUUGUGCAUGAAUGUUAAUAUAAAUUCCCCAAAGGAAACAUAGGUUCUCCAGAGUCAUUUUAUGAUACGAACAUUGAUCAUGGCACUUCUAUCCUAGUACUGCCAGCUAUCUGAAACUUUUUAC